AUGGGGCUUGCUGAUGUGUUUGACAGGGAGAACCUGUCAGACGCGGCAUGGAAAUUGCGAUGCAAGGUCAUGCCGCAGAAGGAAAAGAUCGGUCGCGACAUCAACGAUAUCGAAGGCAGCCUUUCCGACGAUGACCCUAAAAAGGUGGUGGCGAGUGAUCCGACUUUUGGCAUCGACAUCGCCGUCAAGACACUCUACGAAGGCAAGAAUAGUUGUAAUGGCAUGUACGAUUGGGUCGACUUUCCACCAAAGCAACUGAGCAAAAAAGCUGUCCUGAGCCAGGACCGACCCGCCAUCAAGGUCUAUAAGAUCAAAGAUCUCGAAAAACCGGUCAUCGGAGGCAGGUUCUCUUUGACCUAUGCUCAGAUCAUCAUCCAGAACCCGGGCUUAGUCUCCGCCCUGGAGCCCAUUCUUAAAAAGGAAGAUGUCCACCUGGAUCCUACCGAUGCAGCGACCUUCCAAGCCCCGUUUCGUCCGUUAUACUUUUGUUAUGAUGAAAUCCUUAGCCUGUACAAGACGACCAGCGAUUCUUCGCUUAAGGACUACGCGCAGCUCUUGGUACGAACGUUGGACGAUAUGUUGGGCGAAACCCGUGAGAAGAAGCGCCGCCUGCAGGCCAGUGGACUUAUCAACUUCAAGUUGGCAUGGACUUACUUCCCGCGGGACACUGUCGUGUACAGCUAUGGCCGUAACGCCGAGAUGCUUUGCAAGGUGAAGGAUACGGCAUAUGAGCAGACAGAAUGCGGCAAGAUCUUCAUGAUCCACUGCAAGGUGCUUUCCUUCAACGGAGACGCGUUUGUCUGGACCGAUAAGACGCUCAUUGUUCCCGAGUUUUCAGGGAAUAAGCCAAUCAGCGACUUAGAUCAUUACCCUUUGCAAUUCCACUCCGAUCCGGACGGAGUCCGCCAGCGUAUGCAUGCUAGAGGUACAAGGGUGUUGGAUCUCCAGGGAUUAACUUAUUGCACCUACAACGGCAUUGCGAUUGAUGGGAAAGACAAACAUAAUGUCGAGGGUCGAAUUCUCAUCGACGUUGUUGGCUUUAACAAGUACGAGCGAACUCAGGGCAAAAGAGAGGCCAGCGACCCGCAGACUCUGAAGAACCGGGUUACGAAAAAGCACACCGAAUCCAACGAAGAUUCCGAGGGGAAACCGAAUGUCAAGGCCGACGGAAAGAACCACAAACACCUCAGUGAGAAGCGCCAAUUAGAAAACAAAAAGGAUAUGUUGUCUCGACAAGAUGAUCUAGUGUUUAUUUCACCUCUCAUUGAAGGUUUUGCUUUAAAGAACAAACUUUGGUUGGCGUUCUACGUCGAGGAUAUUGGGCCGAUUGUGUGGAAUAACGAGGCUUAUGACCACUUGGUGUACGAUGAACAACAGAAGGACUUGGUUCUCUCUUUCGUAGAGAACCACGGCCUCUCCAAAGGACAGCAAAUGGACGACGUUAUCGUGGGCAAAGGCCAAGGACUCAUCAUCCUUCUCAGCGGACCACCUGGUACCGGCAAGACCUUGACGGCAGAGGCUGUUGCGGACAGAACACACAGGCCACUUUUCUAUCUACAAGCAGAGGACCUCGGCAUCAACCCGGCCUCACUUGGGGCGAAUAUUUCGCGUGUUUUUGAAAUGGCGACCGAGUGGGACGCUGUCAUUCUGCUCGACGAAGCCGAUGUGUUCAUGGCGGAGAGGAAUCCGCACGAUAUUGCACGCAACGAGCUCGUGUCCAUCUUUCUUCGGGAACUAGAGUACUUCCACGGAAUCAUCUUCCUGACGACUAACCUCUACCAUACAAUCGACACGGCUUUCCGUAGUCGAGUGAGCCUACAUUUGCUCUUCAAGCCAUUGACAAGCGAUGCUCGCGUGCUUAUUUGGCGCAAAUUCCUUGGUCGGCUGCCCCAGCAGAAUGCCACCCAAGGCAGCAAUGAACUCCUGUCGGAUGAGGAUCUCAAAGAUUUAAGCCAGUGGCAACUCAACGGAAGAGAGAUUAAGAACGCUGUCAAGAUGGUAAAGGCUUGGUGCGAUCACAAGGGCUACGAGAUGAACCUAUCUAGGUUAGAGAGCGGUAUCCGGGUUACGAGUCCGGAAGCUUCCAAGCAGGGCCACGUAGUCGACGACGACGAACUUUACAGCUGA